GCCGUCUUUACUUACAGUGGCGUUGAGACUGCUAUCUUCUGGACUCCCUUUGCUCUCGCCGUCGGCGCCGUCUCUACCAGUAUUAAUUAUAUUCCGGCCAUAGGAUUAUCGCUACCACUGGCUUCUACAUUCACGCGCAGCAUUCACGAUGAAUUCCCACUCCAUGUCCGGUAUGGGCGGGAACACGACCUGCGUCACAGAGAUGCUGUGGAACUGGCGCGUCAAAGACGCCUGUUUCCUCUCGUCGUCGUGGCACAUCUCCAACAACGGCAUGAUGGCCGCCAGCUGCAUCGGCGCAGCUCUCCUCGUCGUGUGUCUCGAAUUUCUACGCCGCGUGAGCCACGAAUACGAUGCCUUUCUGCUACGCCAGUUCCAGCGCCAACUCCACGCCCAACAAGCCGCUCUCGCCGCCGCGGCGCCCGCAAACUGCUGCGACGGGCCGUCCACCACGCUCGGUCUCCAGCAACACGCCACCUUCCGGGCCACUGCUCUACAGCAGCUCGCGCGGUCUCUUAUCCACGGUGUUACGCUCGGCCUCGCCUACAUCGUCAUGUUGCUCGUCAUGCAUUUCAACGGCUACAUCUUCAUCUCCAUCAUCCUGGGCGCCACUCUCGGCAAGUUCCUGUGCGACGGGCUCGUCGUCCGCAUCCCGUACAGCACCACCGCGCCAGACGACAAGGAAGAGCGCCGUGCAUCUAUCGGGGCAGCCGGGCCAACCGGUUGUUGUGCGUAGAAAUUAUGUAUAUCGUGUGCCGAGAAAUGAAGAGAGAGAGUCAGUGAUUGAGAUACUCUACACCUAUAUGACGAUAGCUAUGGAUAGCGAAUGAGAAUAAUUUUU